AUGACACAUCGUGUUGUCAUAACAGGGCUUGGUGCAAUAUCCCCAUAUGGUGUAGGAGUGGAAACAUUAUGGAAAGGUCUUCAGUCAAUGAAGUCUCCAUUUAUUUUUGAUGAUAAAUUAGGAAUUGUAUGUGGUAGACUUAGUAAUAAGUAUGAUGAUCAAUUAAAAGAAGCAGGAAAAAAGUAUAGACAUAUUAAUAGAAUAGGAACUUUUAGUCUUUUAGCUGCUGGAGAAGCAAUAAAAGAUGCUGGUUUAGAAAAUGAAAAUCACCAUGAAACUGGUGUUAAUAUUGGAGUAGGAUUUACUGAUCUUGAAAAAAUUGUUGAAGUUGGAAAAAUGAUUGAAGAAAAAAAAGAAAGAAGAGUAUCUCCAUAUUUUAUUCCAAAUAUUUUAACAAAUAUUCCUUCAAGUUAUGUGGCUAUGGAGUAUAAUUUAUUAGGAGGUAGUCAAAGUUGUUCUGCUGCCUGUGCUACAGGUAUAACUUCAAUAGGUGAUGCCUUUUUAAGUAUAAAAUUUGGACAAACUAAAAGAAUGUUAGCAGGGGCAAUUGAUUCAGCAAUAAAUUCUUUAACAAAAGUUGGUUUUCAACAAUUAAGAGCUUUAACUAGAAAUAAAAAUCCAGAAUUAGCAUCAAGACCAUUUGAUGAGAAACGGGAUGGUUUUGUUUUAAGUGAAGGUGGUGGUUUAGUAGUUCUUGAAAGAUUAGAAGAUGCAUUGUCAAGAAAAGCAAAAAUAUAUGGAGAAAUUUUAGGUUAUGGUAUUUCAUCAGAUGCUCAUCAUUUAACAUCACCACGUGAGGAUGGACUUGGUAGUCUAUUAUCAAUGCAAAGAUGCAUUAGUUCAUCAAACAUCAAUCCAAUAAAUAUAAGUUAUGUUAAUGCUCAUGCAACAUCAACACAAAUAGGUGACAAAGUUGAAUCGGCUUCAAUAUCAAAUCUUCUUCCAACCGUCAUGGUUUCUUCCUAUAAAGGUCACCUUGGACAUACAUUGGCUGGUGCUGGUGCAUUAGAAGCAAUCGGCACAGCAUUAAGCAUCAAGAAUAAGAAGAUUAUUGGAACAUUAAAUUUGGAAAAACUAGAUUUUGCAACAAAUAAUAGAAUGAUAAAUAAUUGUCAUGUUUGGGAUGAUGAUAACAAAAAAAAGAUAUCAUUAAUAAAUUCUUUUGGAUUUGGUGGUGUUUAUGGUACAUUGUGUUUAUCAGAGUAUUAUGAUUUUUAA